AUGGAUGGCUACUCCAUACCGCAAGCUGGGGUGAAUCUUGUCGUUGACUGGAACGCGGAUCGGGUUGAUUGGGAAUGGCCCAGUACGGAUUACCUAGAAAGCCUCAAAAAGCCCAACGUCACGCCUGUCCAUGAGAGUAUCACAGAGAUAACACCAUCUGACGGCAUAAUGCUAGACGACAGCAAGUGCCGCGAUGACACCAACCUUGCCGAAGUAUGGGAAAAGAAAUCGCGAAGUUACCUGGGAGUCGCGGCUCACGGCUUUCCGAACUACGUCAUGUUACUUGGUCCUAACAGUCCCCUUGCCAAGUCACCCCUCAUCAAAGAGGACGUUCGCGCGCUCGAGCUCAGGAUGGAAGUGGCCGGUGACUUCAUGGAGCAGAAGGACAUAUUCAUGAAGACCACAAUCUGGGAGAAUGACUGUCGAUCCUGGUUCAAAAAUGCCAACACCGAAGCGGUGGCCAUUCAGCGGUUCGAGGAUUUCCACGUAAUAUACACGACAAAGAACCAGUUCGCCUAUCUAGGGAAUGGAUUCCGUCAAACGCAAUUAUAA